ACCAAAAGAAAGAAAGAAUGUGGCAGAUUGUUUUCUUUACUUUGAGCUGUGAUCUUGUCCUAGCCGCAGCCUAUAACAACUUUCGGAGAAGCAUGGACAGCAUCGGGAGAAGGCAGUAUCAGGUUCAGCACGGAGCCUGCAGCUACACUUUCCUCCUCCCAGAGACAGACAACUGUCGCUCUUCUAGCUCCUACGUGCCCAACGCCGUGCAGAGGGACGCACCACUAGAUUACGAUGACUCGGUGCAGAGGCUACAAGUGCUGGAGAACAUCAUGGAAAACAACACUCAGUGGCUAAUGAAGCUUGAGAAUUACAUCCAGGACAACAUGAAGAGAGAAAUGGUAGAGAUGCAACAGAAUGCGGUACAGAACCAGACCGCUGUGAUGAUAGAAAUAGGAACAAACCUACUCAAUCAAACAGCAGAGCAAACACGGAAGUUAACAGAUGUUGAAGCACAAGUAUUAAAUCAGACAACAAGACUUGAACUUCAGCUUCUGGAACAUUCCCUUUCCACCAACAAACUGGAAAAACAGAUUUUGGAUCAGACCAGUGAAAUAAACAAAUUGCAAGAUAAGAACAGUUUCCUGGAAAAGAAAGUACUAGACAUGGAAGACAAGCAUAUAGUUCAACUACGGUCAAUAAAAGAAGAGAAAGAUCAGCUACAGGUGUUAGUAUCCAAGCAAAAUUCCAUCAUUGAAGAACUAGAAAAACAACUGGUGACCGCCACAGUGAAUAAUUCGGUUCUCCAAAAGCAGCAACAUGAUCUGAUGGAGACAGUUCAUAAUUUAUUGACUAUGAUAUCAACGUCAAACUCAGCUAAGAACUCCUUUGAUGUUAAGGAAGAGCAAGUCAUUUUCAGAGACUGUGCGGAAGUAUUCAAGUCAGGACUGACAACCAACGGCAUCUACACGCUCACGUUCCCUAAUUCCACAGAGGAGAUCAAGGCAUACUGCGAUAUGGAAACCUCUGGAGGCGGGUGGACGGUCAUUCAGCGGCGUGAAGAUGGCAGUGUUGAUUUUCAGAGGACUUGGAAAGAAUAUAAAGUGGGAUUUGGGAACCCUUCCGGUGAACACUGGCUGGGAAAUGAGUUUGUUUCCCAAGUGACCAAUCAACAGCCCUAUGUGCUUAAAAUACACCUUAAAGACUGGGAAGGGAACGAGGCGUACUCACUGUAUGAACAUUUCUAUCUCUCCGGUGAAGAACUUAAUUACAGGAUUCACCUUAAAGGACUUACAGGGACGGCCGGCAAAAUAAGCAGCAUAAGCCAACCAGGAAAUGAUUUUAGCACAAAGGAUGCAGACAACGACAAAUGUAUUUGCAAAUGUUCACAAAUGCUCACAGGAGGCUGGUGGUUUGAUGCAUGCGGUCCCUCCAACUUGAACGGAAUGUACUACCCACAGAAGCAGAACACAAAUAAGUUCAACGGUAUUAAGUGGUACUACUGGAAAGGUUCAGGCUACUCGCUCAAGGCCACAACCAUGAUGAUCCGACCAGCAGAUUUCUAGAUGCCUGCACACACCUGAGGAGUGGCGGCCAAUUACUCUAUUUCCAGAGACCUAAUCCUGAACAUCUAAAAGACAAGGCUGCAUACUGUGUCCUCAUCCACCUCAGAGAGGCGGCGUGCGCUCAGGUGCCACAGGGAUCCAUGAGCUCCAGCUUAGAGCCCCGUAAACCUCCUCACUCAAACCUGCAUCAGUCAUGCACCGACGCACAGCCCUGGUAUCGUGACCUGGUAGAAUGCCUAUGUGAAGAUAAAUCUAAGCCUGCAAAUUUAAGACUGACAAUUUACAGACUCUGUUGUCACAACCAAGAAUGUUGUGCCGGGUUCAUCCGUAAAUAACUGGAAAACAGAACACUUAGGCUAUACAGUAGAGAUAACCUUGGAGCUACAUCUUUCUAAGCCCUGUUUAUAGAUUGUGUAAAUAUCCAUAUGUCCUGAAUUCAGCAUCACUAUCGUAACUGAAAGG